UAUUUUCGUCUUUGCAUGUCUAUCAAAAUACUCGGAAUAUUCCGCAAUGAAAUUUGGAUUUUGAAGGAUGACAAAUAAGGAAAUUGAAGAUCAAAGACAUUGAUCAAAGACGAUGAAUCUCCUGUUGAAAUCGCCACAUGAAUGAAUGCACUAGAAAAAUGAAUCAGUGAGAUGGCGCUUCAAUGUGUUGAAUAUGGAUAUAUGAAUGCAACUGAAGAAGCUCCUUUAUCCGUGAUUCGUUGUUUUGAAUAAGAAAAAAAAAGAAGCCAAAAAUGGCGGCUAAUAUUUUGAAUAAAUCCAAAGCAGUUGGUUAUUUUUCAACAAUGAGAGCUGUAGUUAAUCAUUUGACUAAACCCAGUAUGGCAAGGCUUACAACUGCGAGUAAUUUAAACCAGUCACCCACAUUUAUGACUGAUCAAGAUCUUGGACCAUUUGCUUCUAAAGAUCCAAAAUUCCCACUGCCUGGAAACAUGAACAUUGACGUGAGUAUGCAAAAUGAGCGAUUUCAAAGACCAGAAAAUCAACAAAGUUUGGCGUCCUUGUUUUUGGAUGUUGAGACAAAUGAUAUGAGCAAACAUCAGGCUCUUGUUCAAUUCUUGCACACCUUCCAUCGUGAUGAAAAGAAGAAAGCAAACGUAACUAACGAGAAUAUAUCAAAAGAGCUAUUUGAGAACGAUAAGGGAAAAGUUGAAUGUUCCGUUCAAAAAUGUACACCAUCGCUUCAACGGAGUUUUGCUGAUUUGUUCCCUGACAAAAAACUUGAUGCGGAUGAACUGACGAUAAUAUGCAUUUGUCAACAUACUUUAAAUGACAUGACUGUUUGGUCUCAAGAUGUAGACCAGGAGAGAGAAGAGCUUUUGAAAAGUUUUAUAGAGUCUGCAACGGACAUUUGUGAACUGCUGAAAAGUCAAGGUUAUUGGGCAGAUUUUAUUGAUCCAUCAUCUGGCAACGCUUAUUUUGGCCCAUAUUCGAACUCAACGUUUUUUGAAACUGAUGAAAGGUAUAAUCAACUUGGAUUUCGUGUCAUCGAUCUUGGUUGUUGUAAAGCUUUGAGUCAUAAAUCGUGGGGCACAUUUAUUUAUGUUGGAAGUAUUUUCACUAAUGCUCCGACUCAUUGUCUUUGUUUGCAAUCUGCUUUUGAUGUUACAGAGUAAAAGAAUUGUAUUCCAUGUAAAGAAGUUGAAACAUUUAAAUUUUCUUAUUGUUGUAUUUGGUAUUUUGAAUUUAAAAUUGAGCUACUUCAAUUUAUUUUAACCGCCACACACAGUUACGUUUGCAAAUUGUUCUUCUUUUUAAUAGCUUGUUUUUAAGAAAAGAGUAUUGUUUGUGUUCGUUGAAAUAUUUCUGGUUGAAAAAAUCCCGAUAUGUGUAUAUAACUGAAUUGAAAUGCGUGCAAAAUAUACUUUUAUUGAAUAUGCUAA